AUGGCCGAAGAUAGCUCCGCCGCCUGGCCCAUCGCCGACGAGACUCUGUCUCAGUCUCUUCUGGACCUCGUCCAGCAGGCUGGUCACAUCCGCCAGUUGAAGAAGGGCGCUAACGAGACCACCAAGACUCUGAACCGGUACGGCAUUCAUCUGACAAGAGAUAUAAAUUAUCAUUACCUUGAUGCUAACUUUUGUCAUUUAGACAAGAACGUUCCUUACGUCUACGUUCCCUCCAAGAUGGCUCUCGGCCGUGCCACUGGUGUCUCCCGCCCCGUGAUCGCCUGCUCCAUCACCACCAACGAGGCCAGUGACCUGAACGCUCAGAUCCGCACCAUCCGCAACCAGGUCGAGCGUCUGAUGAUCUAA